CCGCCGCCAGCCAAGUUCCGUUUCCGGCUUGCUGGGCACUAGGGUCCAGAAAGUGACCGCUGCCGUGGUCGCCAUGGGGAAGUCGGAUUUUCUUACUCCCAAGGCUAUCGCCAACAGGAUCAAGUCCAAAGGCCUGCAGAAGCUACGCUGGUAUUGCCAGAUGUGCCAGAAGCAGUGCCGGGACGAGAACUUUAAGGAUCAUUGUAUUGGUACCGAAUCUCAUCAAAGACAACUAUUGCUGGCUUCAGAAAAUCCUCAGCAGUUUAUGGAUUUAUUUUUUCAGAUGGAAUUCCGAAAUGACUUUUUAGAACUUCUCAGGAGACGCUUUGGCACUAAAAGGGUCCACAACAACAUUGUCUACAAUGAAUACAUCAGCCACCGAGAGCACAUCCAUAUGAAUGCAACUCAGUGGGAAACUCUGACCGAUUUUACUAAGUGGCUGGGCAGAGAAGGCUUGUGCAAAGUGGAUGAGACACCAAAAGGCUGGUAUAUUCAGUACAUAGACAGGGACCCAGAAACUAUUCGCCGGCAACUGGAACUGGAGAAAAAGAAAAAGCAGGACCUUGAUGAUGAAGAAAAAACUGCCAAAUUUAUUGAAGAACAAGUGAGAAGAGGCCUGGAAGGGAAGGAACAGGAGGCCCCUACUUUUACGGAAUUAAGCAGAGAAAAUGAUGAAGAGAAAGUCACGUUUAAUUUGAGUAAAGGAGCAUGCAGUUCAUCCGGAGCAACGUCUUCCAAGUCAAGUACUCUGGGACCGAGUGCACUGAAGACAAUAGGAAGUUCAGCAUCAGUGAAACGAAAAGAAUCUACCCAGAGCUCAGCUCAGUCCAAAGAAAAGAAGAAAAAGAAAUCUGCACUGGAUGAAAUCAUGGAGAUUGAAGAGGAAAAGAAAAGAACUGCCCGAACAGACUACUGGCUACAGCCUGAAAUUAUUGUGAAAAUUAUAACCAAAAAACUGGGAGAGAAAUAUCAUAAGAAAAAGGGUAUCGUUAAGGAAGUAAUUGACAAAUAUACAGCUGUUGUAAAGAUGAUUGAUUCUGGAGACAAGCUGAAACUUGACCAGACUCAUUUAGAGACAGUAAUUCCAGCACCAGGAAAAAGAAUUCUAGUUUUAAAUGGAGGCUACAGAGGAAAUGAAGGUACCCUUGAAUCCAUCAAUGAGAAGACUUUUUCAGCUACUAUCGUCAUUGAAACUGGCCCUUUAAAAGGACGCAGAGUGGAAGGAAUUCAAUAUGAAGACUUUUCUAAACUCGCCUGAGUUUGAAAAUGUGUUAACAAUACAUUAAAAUCUUAAAGCAUCAAAUUGGUGUUCGCCAGGGCAUUAUGAGACUCUACUGUGUUAGGGUAUUCUUUUGUAUUAAAAAAACAGGUUUUUGAAAAUAUUACUGUAUAGUUGUUCAGCUAAACUUUGAGAACAAUUUAAUUAUGUCUCAUGAAGUAUCAAAACUAUGUAAUUUUGUCCUUGUUAUUUUUGUUUCCUUUGUAAUUUACUUGAUGAAUUUAUAUCUUCAUUAAAGAAUGUUAUUAUAAAGUG